CCGUGGACAGGAAGCCUGACCGAAGCAGCUGAUAACCAGGCUUCGGAUGUUCCGGGGAGCACAAAACAACGGGAUUUUAAUCAGGGAUUUUUAAUUCGAGGACAGAAGUCGACGAUUUUAUGAGGAGUGUGCCUGGACGCCCUUCAUAGUCACUGAUGGAGCCGUAUUUUUAUACCGAUCGCUGUUUAUUGUCGAGUUAACUGUAGGGCCGGAGCAGCUCAGUAACAAUGAAGGCCUAGAAUCCAGAUCUGAGGGAUUUAAAGCUCCUCUAACCUCAUACACCCGGAUCAUCAACACGCUCAGGCAUGGCUUCACAGCUGCAGGUUUUCUCCCCUCCGUCGGUGUCUUCCAGUGCCUUCUGCAGGGUGAAAAAAAUGAAAGUGGAGAGCUGUGCUUGGGAUGCGUCCAAUGAAGCGUACAGUUCUGUGGGCCAGUACAGCUUCAACCCUGCAGCCGGUCUGUCUUUCGGCAGCUCUGGCCUGGUCUUCCCCCCAGGGUCCCGGGGCCAGGUGGUGGUUCGGGCGGCAGACAGCACCGGGAGCCUCCAGCGUGGGUCCAGUCGCAGAACAUCUCACAACAACACUCACCACUCGGAGUCCCACUCGUCCCGCGGGCAUAGGUAUGGUGGCGUGAAGAGAAAGAAUGAGGAGGUGGAGAGUUCUGGCGGAGGUGGAAGCGGAAGUAGCAGCGUUCAGAUUCUCGAGGAACUCUCGGCUCCGGCUUUCUCCACACAGACGGGAGGAGCAGGAACCACCGCCCAGUCCAUCCCCCACUCGGCCCCCACCACCAAAAGCAGCAGCUCCAACGGGGAAGGAGACUACCAGCUGGUCCAGCACGAGAUCCUCUGCUCCGUCUCCAACAGCUACGAAGUCCUGGAGUUUCUGGGUCGAGGCACGUUUGGGCAGGUUGCCAAGUGCUGGAAAAGAGGAACUAAUGAGAUCGUGGCCAUCAAAAUCCUGAAGAAUCAUCCAUCGUACGCACGUCAGGGACAGAUUGAGGUGAGCAUAUUGAACCGUCUCAGUGCGGAGAAUGCGGACGAGUUCAACUUUGUGCGAUCCUACGAGUGUUUCCAGCAUAAGGGCCACACGUGCUUGGUGUUUGAGAUGCUGGAGCAGAACCUGUACGACUUCUUGAAGCACAGUAAGUUCAGUCCAUUGCCGUUGCGCCACAUCCGGCCCAUCCUGCAGCAGGUGGCCACAGCCCUGAUGAAGCUGAAAUGUUUGGGUCUCAUCCACGCCGAUCUGAAGCCUGAGAACAUCAUGCUGGUGGACCCCAUCAGACAGCCCUACAGGGUCAAAGUUAUCGAUUUUGGAUCGGCCAGUCAUGUCUCUAAAGCUGUGUGCUCCACUUACCUCCAGUCUCGCUACUACAGAGCCCCUGAGAUCAUCCUAGGUCUGCCGUUUUGUGAAGCCAUUGACAUGUGGUCGCUGGGCUGUGUGAUUGCAGAGCUUUUUCUGGGUUGGCCGCUUUAUCCCGGAGCUUCAGAAUAUGACCAGAUUCGGUACAUUUCUCAGACACAGGGUUUGCCUCCAGAGUAUCUCUUGAGUGCCGGCACAAAGACAAGCCGCUUCUUCAACAGAGGACCGGACUCCAGCUAUCCGUUGUGGAGGUUAAAAACCCCAUCUGAGCACGAGUCUGAAAUGGGUAUCAAGUCCAAAGAAGCAAGAAAAUACAUCUUCAAUUGUUUAGAUGACAUGAUGCAGGUCAAUCUGCCGAAUCAUUUAGAAGGGACGGACUUGCUGGCGGAGAAGGCGGACCGGCGGGAGCUGAUUGACCUGCUGAAGAGGAUGUUGAGGCUGGACGCCGAUAAAAGAAUCACACCCACAAAGACACUGGCACAUCCGUUUGUGACCAUGAGCCACCUGCUGAACUUCCCACACAGCUCACAUGUGAAGUCGUGCUUCCAGAACAUGGAUAUCUGCAAGAGAAGAAACAGUAGCUUCGACAGUGGGAAGGCUCUGUUUGCUGCUAAUACUGUUCCUGGAACUGCAGGAAACCUAACUGUGACCUUCAGCAGCCAGCUUAACCAGCACAGUCAGGUUCCCUCUGCUGGUGGAGCUGUUCCCCUCCUCAACUACCAGCCGGCUCUUUACCAGCAGGCCACCAUAAACAUCCCAGGCCUGGCUCAGCCCAGCAUCCCCCUGCAGACCCGCUCCACCCAGCUGUGUGCUCAGACCGAACCCUUCCAGCAAACCCUCAUCGUCUGCCCCCCAACCACUAUACAAGGGCUUCCAUCUUCUAAUAAAACCUCUAGCUAUCCUGUCAGGAUGGAGAACGGCGUUCCUGUUGUCCAGCAAAACCAGUCCACGCAACCCCUGCAGCUUCAACCCAGCAUGCUGACACAGGGCUCCUGCACGCCUCUGAUGGUGGCCACGCUGCACCCUCACCCAGCGGGAGUGGCGUCCCAGUACCCGCUGCCCCUGACGCUGGGCUGUGGGGCAGGACGGCCCGCUCUGCUGGAGCAGACAGCCACAGUGCUGCAGGCCUGGCCAGCGGGCACCCAGCAGAUCCUCAUACCCUCGGCCUGGCAGCAGGUCCCUGGCAUGACCAUCCACAACUCCAGCCACCAGCCUGUAGUGAACCAAUCUCCUCUGCAGGCCCUGCUGUCCGAAAACUCCACACAGCAAACAUCCAGCUGGAGGGCGUCUCAGAGCGGUCAGCACAGUGGUGUUGUCCAACAGAACCCACACAUCCUCAGCAGCCUCAAUCCCGCUCAUCCCCUCAAUCGAGGAGCGUCUACAGCCACUCGCUCGCAGAACAAGAGGAGCCGCAUCUGCUGUGACACCAGCAGCGGCAGUGCUCUGGUGGCCUCUCAGUCUUACAGUGCUCUUCUGACUCAGCCAAUCAUCAUCUCCGACACCCCGAGUCCUGCAGUCAGCGUCAUCACCAUACACAGCGACUCUGAAGACGAGGACGAGCGCAAGUUUCACCCCGCCAGCUGCGGCCCCAGCCAUAGGACGAAUGUGAUCAGCUGUUUGACCGUUCAUGAUUCGGACUCCUCCACUGCCAGUCCCUUAACUCCCAAACCCCAGAACGGUCACAUCGGGCUUCAGUCCUCACGACUGGCCAAAUCUCUGGCAGUGGUGGCGCCGACUGUCAAAACACAGCCUGUGGAGAGCUCCAUAUCAGCCAAAAUCCCACCGGCUCUAGGUCUUCCUCAGAAUUACUACAUGAAGCCGAAGAGAGCUGCAGCUGCGAGACAUCAGAGCAGCUCAGGAGGAAGCGUCAGUGAGCACCAACAGGAGCUUAGCAGAUCUCAACCACUAAACCUCAGUCAGACCACUGUCUCCUCGUCUCAAGCACCGCCCGGAGUCGUCCCGUCAUCUUUGCGCCGCCAGCACACGUACCCACCGGCCUCAUCCCAUUACUGCCUGCAAGAGGCGCCGUCGUUCACCAGCACCCCCAGUCUAUACACCUACCCCAACCCGGCGUCCCACAUGGAGCACCUCCUUGUCCAGGGCUCCUCCCCCUCAAUCCACGCCCCGCCCACCGCUCACUAUGCAGCCAGUCUCAUCCCAAAGGACAGCAUUGGGGGUGUGGUCCACGGAAUCUCCGCCCACUACCAGCAACAUUACCCCGCCCACCCUUACACCAGCACCACUAGAGAGAGCGGUGGGGGCGGGGCUUACAGCGGGUAUCAGCUCAGCCCCCGUAGGGUCCCGCAAUACCCCUAUAUUUGAGAAUCACAGACACAUUUACAAACAAAACAACCCACCGACCAAUCAACUGUCAGCUGCUGGUUUUUAUCCGUCGUAUUUAUGUUUUAGAGCGUUCUUAAUUAAUAUUGUGCAUCUUAGCUGAGAUUUUCUUACUCCUGACAUGUUUUAAUUCGUAAGCAAUAGAGGAAUCAUGCUGACAUAGAGGAUCGAGCUAGUAGUCCAGACUAAAAUCCUUACACUAAUCCUUCCUUAUUUUAAACUCCUUAAUAAAUUCCGUGUCGUGUUUUUUGUUUCGUUUGUCGUCGUCGUAGUAGGAUAUCUUCUGCUUUUUAAGUUAUGUUUUGAUCGUGAAGCUGACUGGUCACUGUACUGGGAGGAGGUGUUGAUGGAAAUGAGGGAGGGAAAAAAAUGUAUCAUGUACCCUAAUCGUAUUGUUAUUUAAGUUAGCGCGCUAUAUGUUAGUGGAAUCAAAGUCCUGGUAGAGUCGUAGAGUGUAUGUUGUGAGGAAUAUCAAUGGAUUUAAGGAGUAACUUUUAACCCUUUUUUAUUUUUCCUUAAGAAAUAGUUUAAUCAUGUCAAUACUCUCGAGUUCUCCGAGGAGAAACGAGGUUAGGUUAUUAACUUUUAAGAGAUCGAUGGAAAUCUGACGCUACAUUGGAAUCUAUAGUUAUAACACACAGAUGAUUGAUUUGUCUGACAUUAAGGGGGUAAAUCACGCAAACAAUGAAAAAUUUGUUUUUACUUGCCUCAAGUGCUUUUAAACUUUGAGUUUUUAGUGUUGAUCUAAAAAAGAAGAUAUUUUGAAGAAUGUUGGAAACCGGUAACCAUUGACUUCCAUAAUAUCUGUAUUUCUUCUCCUAUAGAAAUCAGUAAACCUCAAGUGGAACUAAACUUUUAAGUUUCUUUUAUCUGUUGAGCGCUAGGGAAGAUAUUUUAAAGAAUGUUGGAAACCGGUAACCAUUGACUUCCAUAAUAUCUGUAUUUCUUCUCUUAUAGAAAUCAAUAAACCUCAAGUGGAACCAAGCUUAUGAUUUUCUUUUAUCUGUUGAGCCCUAGGGAAGAUAUUUUGAAGAAUGUUGGAAACCGGUAACCAUUGACUUCCAUAGUAUGUAUUUUUUCUACUAUGGAAGUCCGUGACCUUCAAGUGGAACCAGAGUUUCAAGUUUCUUUUUUCUGUUGGACGCAAUAUAUUUUAAACAAUGUUGGAAACUGGUAACCAUUGACUUCCAUAGUAUCUGUUUUUCCUGCUAUGCAAGUCAAUGGUUACAGAUUUUCAGCUUUAUUCAAAUUAUUCUGUUGAACACACACAAAAAUAAUAAUAAUGAAACUUGAAUGUUUGGAACCACUUGAGGUUCGUUGACAACCAUAGAGAAAAAAAACCCUGUACUAUUUAAGUCAAUGGUUACCGGUUUCCAACAUUCUUCAAAAUAUCUUCUUUUGUGUUGAACAGAAUAAAGAAACUUGAAUGUUUGGAACCACUUGAGGUUCGUUGACUACCAUAGUGAAAAAAAACAUACUAUUGAAGUCAAUGGUUACCGGUUUCCAACAUUCUUCAAAAUAUCUUCUUUUGUGUUCAACAGAAUAAAGAAACUUGAAUGUUUGGAACCACUUGAGGUUCAUUGAAUUCCAUUGAGGGGAAAAAACAGAUAUUAUGGAAGUCAAUGGUUACAGGCUCCCAACAUUCUUCAAAACAUCUUCUUUUGUGUACAACAGAAUAAAGAAACUCAAAUGUUUGGAACCACUUCAGGUUUGUUGACUUCCAUAGUAUGUUUUUUUUUUUUACUAUAUAAGUCAAUGGUUACAGGUUUCCAACAUUUUUCAAAAUAUAUUUUGUGUUCAGCCGAAGAAAGAAACUCAAAAGUUUGGAAUGACUUGAUGUUCGUUGACUUGAAGUAGAAAAAACAAAUACUAUGGAGGUCAGUGGUUACCGGUUCCUAACAUUCUUUAAAAUAUCUACUUUCGUGGUCAAAUUAAUCAAGAGAUUUGAAAGUUUGAAACAACUUGAGGUUCGCUGACUUCCAUAUUAGAAAAUACAAAUACAAUAGAGGUCAAUGGUUACCGGUUUCUAACAUUCUUCAAAAUAUCAUCUUUUGUGUUAAACAGAAAAAGGAAAAUAAAGUCAAUGAACAUCAACUCGUUUCAAACUUUUUCAAGCAGAAAAACAAAUACUAUGGAAGUCUGAGAUUACCAGUGUCCAACAUUCUUCAAAAUAACUUCUUUUGUGUUCAACUGAAGAAAAUCAACACUCAAAGGUUCGGAUCGACUUGAGGUUCAUUGGCUUCCAUAAUGUUUUUUUUUCUACUAUGGAACUCAAUGGUUACAUGUUUCCAACAUUCUUCAAAACAUCUUCUUUUGUGUUCAGUGGAAGAAAGAAACUCAAAAGGUUUGAAACGAGUGAGUAAAUGAUGACAAAAUCUUCAUUUUUAUGGUGGACUGUCCAUUAAGCGUGGUUUGUUUGCAGCAUUUAUUAGUAGUCUGCUUAUCAAACUAGAGUGCACCAAAAAGUUGCUGACCCUGAUGCUGUGUGUGUGUGUGUGUGUGCGGUCAGUGACGGAUAUUAAUGUGAUCUGUGGUCUUCUGCUCUAAACGACACUGUGACUGACCGCUGCGGUCCUUCUUGUUCUGCUCUCAAUAACAUGACGUGCCUUCACAUUCUCUCCAACGCGUUUGGCUGUGUUUUUGAGUUCAGAGAACGUUUAGCAUCAACCAAGAAAGUACUGUACACAUUUUGUAAUGUCAAACAACGAUGGAAAUAACAAAAAAAAAACACCUCCAUUGUAAUGCCAUCAAUAAACAAACAUCACAAAACAUCCAA